CAGAGGAAUUCCACCUCCGAUGACGACUCAGGCUGUGCGCUGGAGGAGUAUGCAUGGGUACCUCCUGGCCUGAAACCUGAGCAGCAUCACUGCUUCAUGGCUGGGCUUUGCCACCCCAAUUCUGGCAGCCCGAAGUUGGAAAUUGACAACAAAUGAGAGGUUGUAUUACCUGAAUUAUGAUCACCUGGGCAAGGGACAGCCUUCUACUCAUCACCUGCAUGUGGUGGGGCUUGUUUGUUACUUAAAGCCAUGGGAAAGGACCAGCAGCUGCCUCUGCAGCCGUUCUGCAAGCACCAAUGCAGAAGAUCCUGCUGGCUGCCUUGACCCCAAAGCAAACCCUUUUGGGUUAUUGCAGGCAGCAGAACACAGGUUGGAGCCUGUUGUAUUUGUUUUGCUUUGCUUUUCAAACCAAACUGCCCAUCCCUGCCAAGCAAUGUUGCUGGUGUGAUGAGAGCCGGUUCCCGCAGACCUGUUGGGGUUAAAUGGAAAACUUCCCAGCGGAAGCAGGAGAAGGAGCCAUGCACACAUGUGGUGCCACGCUGGGCUCCGGAAAGGCAGCUCCUGGCUGCCUAUGCUGAGGGAAAGGCACAUAUCCCUGCUUCUCACCUAGGAUGCGUGUCUCACAGCUCAUCGCUACGGGGAGCAGAGCAGCCUGAUGUCAUCUGGUGGCUCUUCAGAAGAAAAAAAAAAAAGGAUUUUUGGUUGAUGCCAACUUCAAGGACUCAACGGGCAGAAGAUCUUCAUCACAAAGGAACCAAACGGAGCACCCUGAGUGUGGGUGGAACCGGGCAGCCCAGCUAAUGCACCUGGAGGUGGCCGAGAGGAGCCAGCGGUGCUCGGAGCCCCAGGACAGCGCCGCAGGGAGAAGCCAGAGCCCAGCAGCUGAACAGAGACCAUGGCAGCAGGGGCACAGCACUGGGUUUGCUGCUGCAAGCUCUGCUGUGGACCUGGUGCAUGAAUUCAAGAAUCUCGCAGAACAUUGUUACACCAUAAAUAGUGCUUUUCAGUGGAUAUAUUUGCUCCCUCAUGUAGCGUGUUAUAGGAAUGCUUUUUCAGUGUGAUUUGAUGUCCUUGGAUGAAGGAUGCUCUAUAAAUGCCAAGUGCACCAGUACUACAGUUGCCUUCCAGAAGACAAGGUGCCCUACGUCAACAGCCCGGGGGAAAAGUCUCGCAUCAAGCAGCUUCUGCACCAGCUGCCUCCUCAUGACAAUGAGGUCCGUUACUGCAAUUCAUUGGAUGAGGAGGAGAAGAGGGAGCUCAAGCUCUUCAGCAAUCAAAGAAAGAGGGAAAACUUAGGGAGAGGAAAUGUCCGACCAUUCCCUGUGACCAUGACAGGAGCCAUCUGUGAGCAGUGCGGUGGGCAGAUCAACGGAGGGGACAUCGCCGUCUUUGCCUCGCGAGCUGGGCACGGCGUUUGCUGGCACCCUCCUUGCUUCAUCUGCAGCGUCUGCAAUGAACUGCUGGUCGAUCUGAUCUACUUCUACCAAGAUGGCAAGAUUUACUGUGGCAGGCACCAUGCAGAGUGCCUCAAGCCUCGGUGUGCAGCGUGCGAUGAGAUCAUUUUUGCUGAUGAAUGCACCGAGGCCGAAGGGCGGCAUUGGCACAUGAAGCACUUCUGCUGCUUCGAGUGUGAGACUGUGCUGGGGGGGCAGAGGUACAUCAUGAAGGACGGGCGGCCCUAUUGCUGCAGCUGCUUCGAGUCCCUCUAUGCUGAGUACUGCGACACCUGCGCCCAGCACAUCGGUAUUGACCAGGGCCAGAUGACGUACGACGGGCAGCACUGGCACGCCACCGAGACCUGCUUCUGCUGUGCGCAGUGCAAGAAGUCCCUUCUGGGCCGGCCCUUCCUGCCCAAGCAGGGGCAGAUCUUCUGCUCGCGGGCCUGCAGCGUGGGCGAUGACCCCAACGGCUCCGACUCCUCCGACUCAGCCUUCCAGAGUGCGCGGGCCAAGGAGUCCCGUCGCAGUGCCAAGAUCGGCAAGAACAAGGGCAAGGCGGAGGAGGCGGCGCUGAGCCAGCUGCAGGUCACCUCCAACCGCCUCUCCACUGACGUGGACCCGCUCUCGCUGCAGAUGGACCUGCUGAGCCUGGCCAGCCAGACGCCGAGCCUCAACCGGGAGCACGUAUGGAGGAGCAGGGACGAGCUCUACCACUACGGGAGCAAGAUGGAGCAGGGGCAGGCCCAGAGUCCUCUCCAGCUUCUCAGCCAAUGCAAUAUUAGGACUUCCUAUAACCCCAGCCAGGUCCCAGGUUCGCAGCCAGAUCUAUGGGCUAAGCAUUUCAGCAACCCGAAAAGGAGCUCCUCGCUGGCCAUGAAGGGGCACGGAGGCAGCUUCAUCCAGGACUGCAGAGAGGACUACUACUCGGGGAGGCUUCGAUCCCAGGAGAGCUACAGCGACAUGUCCAACCAGAGCUUCCCCGAGACCCGGGGAAGCCUCAAAGUUCCCAAGUACGAAGAAGAAGAGGAAGGCAGGAUGCCCACGCCGCAGUGCCGUACCCGGCACCCCAUCAACACCCUGAAGUUCACAGAGGACCUGACGCCCACCGAGCAAACUCCCCGAGGCUCCAUGGAGUCCCUGGCUCUUUCUAAUGCCACAGGCCUCUCUGCAGACGGCGGAGCCAAGCGCCAGGAACACCUCUCCCGCUUCUCCAUGCCCGACCUGAGCAAAGACUCAGGCAUGAACGUCUCAGAGAAGCUGAGCACCAUGGGGACUCUCAACUCCUCCGUGCAGUUCCGCAGCGCCGAAUCCGUCCGCAGCCUGCUCUCGGUGCAGCAGUACCAAGACCUGGAGCCCAACCUGCACGACCUGGCCAGCCCCAUGGGCUACCGCGAGCGGCCGGCACAUGGCCGCCUGCACCAGAGCUUCGACUACGGCAGCGGGGCACCCGGGGCCAAGCUGGCGGCGCAGGAUGGCACCAGGCAUGCCCCCAUGAGCGAGCGCACGCGCCGGCGAACUCCACUGCGGGACGAUGAGCGGCACUACCGCCCGCACCGGCCGCGGCGCUCCCGGCGCUCCCGCUCGGAUAACGCCCUGCACUUGGCUAGUGAGCAGUGCUGCCGACUGAAGGAGAGGCCCUCGCUGCGAGCCAGAGAGGAUUACGAUCAGUUCAUGCACCAGAGGAGCUGCAGAGAGAGCCUGGAGCAGGGUCCCCGCAGGGAUGCCUACGGCCACUGUCCCAGGACGGUGUCAGACCUCGCCCUGCAGAACCACUUGGGCGAGCGGUGGGGGCCCUACUUUGCCGAGUACGACUGGUGCUCGACGUGCUCCUCCUCUUCCGAGUCUGACAACGAGGGCUAUUUCCUCGGGGAGCCGAUCCCCCAACCCGCCCGCCUGCGGUACGUGACCAGCGAGGAGCUGCUGCACAAGUACGGCUCCUACAGCAUGCCCAAGUCUUCCACCUUGGGCGGCAGGGGACAGUUGCACAGCCGGAAAAGACAGAAGAGCAAAAACUGUAUCAUAUCCUAAUGGCAUCCUUGCCAGGCACCUUUGGAGAAUGUAGAUUAACUCACAAACUUGCACUGUUCUAGAUCAUUAAGCGCUUUUAUUGUAAGAAAAGGACCCGAAGAGGAAGGGUUUGUAAGAAGGUUGUAGACUGGCUUCUAUAAAUAGUUAUAAUCCUGGGCACGGUGAAUAUAUUUUGCACAUCUUACCUUGGAAACACAAAAAAAAGAAGUUCACUUUAGCCUGUAAUAUUUACCAAGUAGUUUCUCUUCUUUCUCCCAGAUGCUGCCACCCUGUUGAGUUCUCUUUGCCCGUACGUUCUGUCACCACUCUUUGCUAUCACCAUCUGGUCACUGGUAGCUUUUGCUUCUCACCACAUCGUCGUAUUCCAUGAGCCAUUUUGGUACGUCUUUGUCUCUCUCAGUGUAGGAGCCUAAGUUAUUUCCAUGAUUGUUGUAAAUGCGAUGUAAAUGAGAGUUUGGAGAAAAUAUUUUUGUAUUUUGUAAUAUCAGAGGAAUUUCUAUAUCUUAGGAGUCGCUGGGAAAAAUCAUCCACAUCCAUAGCUGUUUUCCUCCAGAGCUGAACAGAAUACUUUGGGCCCUCCCUUUUCAUUUCAUCAUCAAAUUUCUUAAGUGUAUCAGUGAAAGUUUAUGUUGUUUUAUUUUUUUUUAAUUUUUUUUUUUUUUUUUUUUUUUUUUUUUUGCUGUUUGUUUUAUUCCUGGUAAGUAAAGAAAACAUUUUCUGACUCAUUACAUCUUGAAGAGCCCAAGGCAGCACUUUGAAGCCUGCUCACACCUGUGGUUUUCAGGUUCACUAUCAGUCAAAUACAGGAAUCCUGACAGCUGCAAAAGUGACUUUUUUUGUCAAAUAGGAAAGAACAGAACUACCAAAUGUCCGCAAAGUUGUCAAUGACCAAAGCUGGAGAAGGAAUUUUACACCUCUGUAGAGAAUGCUGAAGUUACUAAACGUCGAACUAUUCUUUGGAGUAAAUAAAAGUGUAAAUGGUGCAAUUGUGUGAUGUCAGCAUGACGUUGUUUUGAAUAUAGACUUGUCUUAUGGUGCUCUAGUUUCCUGGGUUAUGUUAACUGCUGUUCAUUACCAAGUGGAAGUCUCAGCAUUGCCUACUGCCUAACACUUCAGAGACCGACUGCAAACUGCUCCCUGCUGCCCGAAGCCGUUCCGUGUCCCGGCGGCAGGGCUCAGCCGUGUUGUGUUCUGGUGGACGUGAGUUGUUCUCUGUACGCUUUCAACCAUCGAGGCAGCGAAGCGCGGCGCGGGCGACGGAUGCUGCGUGGGCACUGCGCUUCGCAGCAGCAGCCCUGGUAUCCCCACUGCCUCCAGUGGGGCCUCACCUCCCCCCCACCGCGGGAGCAGCACUGGUGGGGGAGGUGGGGUUGCCCACCCGCAGCAGCAGAUGCAGAAAAAUUGUGAAGAUGAGUGUCUCCGUGCCACAAAAUAUUGCUAGGAAUUUUUUUCUGUUGUUUGUAAAGGACAAUGUGA